CGAAGGCUUUAUCGAGCCUCCGUCUAAAAAAGCCAAAUCUGAUGCUGCCUCGCCGGUCAUAGUGGCUUCCGAAGCUUCGGCUCCUAAGGCUGCCCCUAUGGCUCAAGCAUCGACUGCUUCUUCCCUUUCCAAAGGGAAAGACGUCUCUCCAACUGCUGCCACCGCGACUCCUCCUUCUGACUUGCGAGACGUUAUUUCCUCUUUGGAGGCCUUCGCCUCCCAAUUCACUUCUUUGGAAGCUGACAAGGCUCGGCUACAAGAGGAAGUCAAAUCUUCCUCCUUGAAAUUGGAUGGCGCAGUCAAGAUAGCUGCUGAGGCUCGCCAAGAGGUUGACUCUCUGAAGGUGGAGCUGGGCAAGCUGAAAGAGAAGUUGAAGGAGGAGGAAGCAUCCAGGCUGGUGGCUGAAGCUCGGGCAGCCGAAAAGGAUGAAGUCCUUCGUCAGUAUUCUUUGGCCUUACUUGAAGCAGCGAAUAUCCCUGCCGAUGCCCUGGACAGAAUUCCAAACAACUCUCCAUCAUAG